AUGAAAAGGAGUUACAACCAAAAGAGUGAAGACUGUCCAGACGGCUCUAUCGAGAAUCAGCGCCCAACCGCGCAGUCCGGCUGGCCGAGGAAACGUGUUCACGCUCGGCCAAAACGAUCCGUCCGUCUGAAGUCUCGGCCAAAGUCCAAACCAUCCGGCCGAUCACGCACGACCCGGGAAACAUGUCCCGCGGUCGGCCAAGCCACGCCACUCCACGCCGCCGCGCACGACCAGCCGCGCGAGCCGGGAAGCAAGCCUCGCGGCCGCGCAACCUUCUCGCGUACCACGGCCGAUGCGCCGUCCGAGCCGGGAAGACGUCCCGGUCCGGCCGAGAAUCAUCGGCCAAUCUUCACCCGUCCGACCACGCGGCCGACCGCGAAUCCAUCCGGCCACGACCGUUCCGAUCGAUCCGACCACGGCCACGACCCGAUCGUCGCCGACCGUCCCAACGCCGCGGUCGACCCGAAGCCCGUUUUGAAGCCCAUUUCAUAUUUUCAAGCCCGGCUUAACCCUAAGCCGCCUCAAAAGACCUAG